UUGAAUAUKUGUCAAAAUUCUUUGAUAAUUGUGGAUUUCUUUCUCUCUCGCCAUCGAAAGCACUACGAUGUCCUUUGGAAAGACGACUGAAAGCUUUCUGUGCCUUUUAGCUAUGAUUGCAGGUUUUUUUACAACCGUUCCUCUUGGACUCUUGAACGCUGAAACCGGUAACACAUGUCUUUUGUUUGCGACUGUAGACGUUCUACAGAAAAAUGUAACCGGAGGAAAUAUCAUCUACUGUAAUCUUGGUUUUUACUCUUCAAUCACUACUAUCGUCUUAGCUGCUUUUUUGAUUUGUUUUCGCUGGUGUUGUCUCGUGAAUACUGAAAAACCCAGCAUGUUGUAUGGUUACCUUACUUCUCUUGUGUUUGCAACUCUCGGAUGGAUCAACUCUGUUGUUUGCGCUGUUUUCAUGGUUUCAGGAUUUGUAGAAUGGUGUAAAUCAAUUCAAAAAGGGCUUGCAUCAGGUUCCAGUUGUGAAGCAGCAAAGAAGUGGGAAUGGAGCUCCUUCAAACCACAACCUUUAGAUGCAAGCAACUUUUAUGUUUAUUUAACCAUGGUGGAGAUUUCAUCCUAUAGCUCUAUUGUUUUGUGGUUUUUGGUGGCUUUCAUAUCUGGCACACAGCUACGUAAAUGGAUAGAUAACACAAGAAACCUACAAACCCCUUACAUUAACCAUGAAAUACACACCCAUUUGCCUGGGGUAAUGGGUAUGUUUGAGCCAGAGCACCAAUACUCCAUAAACCAGAUACAUAACUCACAAAUGAGGCAUGCUGGAGUAUAUGAAGACGUUUCUGAUGACAUGGAUUCCCAAAUAGAAUAUGGAAGGAUUACUCAUUUAUAGACUUGUAUAUAUAAAAGUAUAUGUCCUUAUAUUUAUUUAACAAGUAUAGACCCCUUGCACUGAGUCCCUAAAGGAAUUUUCUGCGGGACAAAACAAUGGAUUUUUUUUGUAUAAAAAAAGGCAGUCUAUUUUUUGUCUCCCAGAACAAUUCCUCUAGGAAAUCAAUGCAAGAGGUCUAUAGAGUAUGUGCAUAUUUCAUCAUUGCCACCAUCUUGGUUGAUGAUAACAAAGCAUUUUUCAUCAGCUUCUCUUGUUAGAUCCACCAAGAUGGUGGCUGUUUCAUUGUUAUUAAUAUCUCUCAAGGGAUUUCGAGUCACGUGGUUCACACACUCUAGAUAAAGAAACUUCUUUUCUGGAAUUUUUGAAGGAAAAAAGGAGUAGAUGAAUAGUAUUUGUCAAUUCCUUCCAGUGUAUUAGUAUGUGGAUACCUCCAUAUAUUCAAAAGCUCUGACUUAUAAAUUUAAGAUACAAAUUUUCA